GAUUUCAUUCAACCACACACCAAACGGUCACAUUGUGCGAGGUGAAAAGAAGAAGCAGGAUCACAAGUGUUUAUUUACAUUUUGCCAUGUCGAAUUCUGGCGGAGAUUUCCAAGUGGUGACUCGCAAAAAAUGGAUGGCAAGGAAAUGUCUUAGGCGGCGGGACCGUCACAAAUCCGAGAGUGACUAUCUGAACGAUUGUCCGGACGUAAAUGUUGAAAAAUUCCAACCGCGCCUGGAGCGCUUGUGCACGGAGAUGUGUCAAAGCGACUACUUCCUGGUUGCAAUGGAAGCGCUGCAGCAGCAGGUAGAAGCGCUGAAAAGGCCGCUGAAGAGAAUUGUGUGUCUGGGUCUGGGACCCUUUUCCCGCACUCACCAGGCGCUCCAUCAGGCGGCCUUUGUGGUCAGUCUGCAGCGGCACUACAAGAUCCUCGAAGCCCUUUACUUCGAUCCCGUCUUUAGAGACACCGAGAAGGAGCUGAUUCGCUUGUUUGACGGCUGCGUGAUGAGCGAAGACUGCGCGGGAAGAGAUGAGGCGACGGUGCCCACGCUCUACUAUCUGCCACACUGCCCCUACGCGCUGAUGCACAACAUCUUGUGGUCCAACUGGCAGCGGGACCAGUUGCCAAACGUUCUCCUCAUCUCGAACAGCUUCGAGAUGCUGACGAUGGCGCGGAGGAAUCAGGAGGACCACAUUACGCGAAUUGUCGAAUAUUGCACAGAAACGCCGCUGGAAGACGAUUACGAGCACCAUAAUGUGUUCAAUGACUUGUCGUUGCAUACUUUCCCGCGCGACUCUCUGCCAGCCAGCGACGACGAAUCCUUCUGGACAAGAUCUGCUGCUCCCUUGAAGGUGAACGAGGAUGAGCUAAUCACGGAAGCCGACACAAACUUUGCAGCCUUGAAGUUGUAAUCAAAACAAUUAAAUUUUUUAAUUAUUUUUUAUUUAAAACAAUAG